CCGGCUGAGCACUAUUCAGAAUCUUAACAUAACGGGACAAACGCUAGUGUAAGUUUUACCGAAAAGCUAUUAAAAAGCGUUAUUGUUUUACGAGUGGUUUAUUUAUUAAUUUGAUUCGGACAAAGAAAUGCCUCAAAUGCCGUUGCUUCCUUUGGCUCAGAACGCUAUCGACCCUAUGCAGGUAGAUGCUCCAUUGGAGGAUAACGACAACAAUGAAGAACAAUUGCUGGUGGUGGAGAACCCUACCUUGGAUUUGGAAGUUUACGCUCAGUCCACCAUGGGGUUAGCUCGAUUGUAUAGAUUAGUAUUCGUGGCCGAUGUGUGUCCCUCUUUGCGCUUAGAAGCGUUGAAAAUGGCCAUCAAUUAUGUUAUGACUACUUGCAAUGUAUCAAUGUAUCAAUUAUUGCACAAAAAGCUUAAUGAUCAUUUUGCUGGCGGAGCCGCUGGUGUGCCUGAAGGCAACGGAGCUGCUGGAGGUUUGCCUGAUAUAGCUGCUCAGCCAGUGGCCGCCGCUCAGGCGCAAGAUUUGCCGAUAUUUGAUCAAAACUGGGUAGAGACGAAAAGUAAAAAGGCUGCCCUAAAAUUGGAGAAACUUGAUUCGGAUUUGAAAAAUUAUAAAUCAAAUUCUAUUAAGGAGAGUAUACGUCGAGGACAUGACGAUUUGGGUGACCACUACCUCAGCUGUGGGGAUCUCUCUAAUGCUUUGAAAUGCUACUCCAGAGCUCGAGAUUAUUGCACUAGUGGUAAUUAUGUAGUGAAUAUGUGUUUAAAUGUCAUCAAGGUUUCAGUAUAUUUGCAAAAUUGGUCCCAUGUAUUGAGCUAUGUAUCCAAAGCCGAGAGUACGCCGGAUUUCGCAGUUGGUUCUAAGGAUGCUAAUCAGAACGUGUUCACUCGUUUAAAGUGCGCUGCUGGUUUGGCUGAGCUGCAAACCAAGAAGUAUAAAUCUGCGGCAAAAAACUUUCUUUUGGCCAAUUUCGAUCACUGCGAUUUUCCGGAAUUAUUAUCUCCUAGCAAUGUAGCCAUUUAUGGUGGACUGUGUGCUCUAGCCACUUUCGAUCGACAGGAACUGCAGAAAAACGUGAUUUCAUCCAGUUCCUUUAAGUUAUUCCUUGAAUUAGAGCCUCAAUUGCGAGACAUUAUACUGAAGUUUUAUGAAUCCAAAUACGCAUGUUGUUUGAAAUUACUCGAUGAAAUAAGAGAUAAUUUAUUACUGGAUAUGUACAUUGCUCCGCAUGUGAAUCCUUUGUACACAAAAAUCCGAAACCGGGCCUUAAUACAAUACUUCAGUCCGUAUUUGUCCGCCGAUAUGCGAAAAAUGGCUACUGCUUUUAAUCGUACCGUGGAAGCCCUUGAGAAUGAAGUCAUGCAAUUGAUAUUGGACGGCCAAAUUCAGGCUCGCAUAGAUUCGCACAAUAAAAUCCUAUACGCCAAAGAGACCGAUCAACGGAGUAGUACCUUUGAAAGAGCCCUAGCAAUGGGUAGAGAUUACAAGCGACGUUCCCGAAUGCUAGUAUUGAGAGCCGCUCUUCUUAAGAGUCAUAUCCAUGUAAAGAGCAUUCCUCGGGACUCCAGCAAUCAUGGUGCAGACUUAUGUGUGGCACCCGGCUCCAGUACCACUACUAACACUAUUGCUAGAAUUUAAAACUCACUCAUUAAUUAAUCAUUUAACGCAAAUACAAUUAAAAGUCAACUUUGUGCGUCUUUUGCUACCAUCACUAUUUUAUUCCCGAAAGAAUUAAUAUAUUCU